CAUGAUUUGAAAUCAGUCCACAACCAUGAGCUACGAUAUGUAACAUGCUCUACGGGGAUUCGGGGAAACAGAUUCCAGUUUACGAGAACUUCCGAAAUCCGACACGGAUGUGCAGAUUCGGAGUUUAGAAAAGGUGACCGGCUGGAGAUGAACACGAUGAACCAAUCUCGACACCAGGCCCUAGAGGCUGAUCGGGUGCACCCAUAUGCACCGUAUGGAAAAGCUUGCAUAAAUUGUGCCAAGAGCAAGACUAGAUGUGCAGUUGCAACCGUUGGAGGAAAGUGCGAAAGAUGUCACCGCCUAAACAAAAUUUGCCAGCCUGCGCCAAGUGUCCGCAAGAAGAGAGUUCCUAAGAAGCCAGUAUCAUCAUCGUCUUCAAAGACUGCAACAUUGGAAGCAAAGCUCGAUGGCCUCGUUCAGAUGCUCCAACGUUCCCAAACACCAAUACCUGAGAUGAUUCGACCUCACAGCCAUAUGCAGAGGCAGAACAUUUAUUCAAGAUCAGUUACUUUGUCCUCGAGCACGGCCAGUCAGGCUAGGAACACCCCUCACCAUGACGGAAAUAAUCAAGUAAACACUGACGACAAAGACCUCGCUGGUACCGAUAAUUCUUCCUCGAUGAGACUUGGGAGGCUUGAGGAGUUGGCACAACAAAAUGUACAGCCAAGUUUCUGCAGAUUUGGACAGGCAGCACAGCAUGAAUUGAAUGGCCGUUUGGCCAGUGUCAAUGGACCACUUACUCCCGCGACCUCAACUUGUAGCUAUUCAACGGGACGAGAUAAGCCCAGUUCCUCUAUAGACUAUCUUCCGGAGACCGAGGCUCAAUUGGAAGAAUACUUGGAGUCUUAUCGGACAAAAAUGGUUCCUUAUCUCCCGAUUGUCUGUAUAAGUCCAGGUAUGACCUUGGAAAAACUAAGGAAGCAACGACCCUUUUUAUUUCUAGUCAUCAGAGCGAUAUGCAGCAAGAAUCUGGGGCGCCAGGCAGCACUUGUACUGGAGGUUAAGAACAUAUUAGGGACGGAGAUGCUUCUGGAGGGAUCGAGGAAUCUGGAUCUAUUUCUGGGAAUUUUGGUGUUUGCAGGCUGGUGCCAUGUUUACAUCUGCAACGGACCCAUAAUAUCGACCAUUAUCCACCUCGCAAUGUCGCUUGCGUCAGACCUCGGUCUCACAAAACCGCUUCCGACCGAGUCUAGUACAGUAAUGCUGAAUUACACUGCACAAGGGUGCCCGAAGCCGAUCAUUGGUAUGAUUCCAACGAGAACCAUGGAGGAAAGAAGGGCAGUAAUCGGCCUUUACGUGGUCAGCUCGGUAUGUGCAAUAUAUUUCCAAAGGAUCGACUUAAUGCGCUGGACUAGUUACUUAGAGGAGUGUUUGCAAGUCCUGGAGGACAAGAAGGAGUACCCAACGGACGGGGUCCUCGUUUAUCUCGCCCGGGUACAGUUAAUCUGCAACAAAGGCAAUAAUUCAACAAUCAGUGGUUUAUUCAGUGAUGCGGAACUGAGAGUGCCAGUGGAUUUCAUUGUGAAAGCGUUGAAAUCGCAAUUAGAUGAUUUGGAGCGCUCUAUUCCACCAGAAUUGAAAACCAACGUCACCUUACAACUCCACAUCCUCAACACAACCCUUACCAUCCACGAGGGUAGCCUCGCCUCUACUCCUAAAUCGAUCUCCUCCGACCCUUCGGACAAACUUCAAAAUGCCGAACAUCUCUGGAUCUGUUUUACGGCCGUCAAAUCCUGGUUUAACUUAUUCUUCUCCCUCGAGACAUUCCCCCUGUCCAGUUAUACCCAUUUUUCAAUGAUGCCUCUCACACAAAUGGGGCAUUUCCUUGUCGCCCUCUUUCGUCUCAGCAUCUUCGAGUCCCCCGAUAUACCAUGGGAUCGUCGGAGAGUACGACAGGAGAUGAACUUUGGGGAUAUUUUGCAGCUUGUAGUCGAUAGGUGGGAGCAAGUCCCUGAAGCAAACAGCAUAGAGAUGGUUCCCGGGAUGGCGAAGGUUACAAAGGAUGGUGUGUGGUCAGAGCCGUCGUUGUUUCAUGUGAUGAAGAGUGUCUUGGUAGUGCGAAAUUUGUGGGAAACAAAAGUUGCAGCAAUGACAGCAGCGGAUGCCGACAGGACAGGCGGACUGACACCAGAGGAGAGUGAGGGUGUAAAUGGACUUGGAGGACCUGGCAUGCAGCAAAUGGAUGGAAUGGAGUUUGGGGGUAUGAAUGUAGAUUUAUUGGAUGAUGGCUGGAUACAAGAUAUGCUAGGAGGCGGGUAUGGCUUUGGCUUUUAG